AGCCAAUAGGCUCCAGGAGGCAGAGUUCUCCCCGUGGCCGCCAUUAUAGAAAGGAAUCCAUGAAUUCAAAUGGAAACCAUCAGGAACAGAGACCGAAAUAAUGGCUAAAAUGACCGAAUAUUUUUAAUCACAUGUUAGGUUUCGAGAAUCUUUUUACGGAAUGUUUUUCGAUUUUAAGUCUAUUCGGGUGGUGAUGGAGGCGUAGAGGGUCGUUUUAGUAAAGACCGUUGUAAGCUAAGGGGGAGGGGGAGAGUUGCUUCUUUGCUCUCCCUUUUCUUUUUGUUUUAAGAACAUUUUACGCUUGUGUUUUUAAUGAAGUUUAUAUAUGCUCGUUUACUCGACGCGGAGUUGCGCUGCUUCUAAUAUUUAAGGUGAUAUUUAAGGCGAACAAGAGCAGUCGUAUGGGGUUGUUGAAUUACAUUCUCCAACCGAUUGUUUAAAAUAAUUCUCUUAGCUCUGCUUGCAGCCAUCAUAUAAAAUACAUUCGAAAGCCGUUCUUUCUUUCCUGGGAACAGUAAUGAUGGAAUGUUCGACCCUGCUGUGAAAGGAUGAGUUCUUGUUUUGUACCAAACGGGGCCAGCUUGGAGGAUUGCCAUUCCAAUCUAUUCUGUCUGGCCGACCUGACGGGGAUAAAAUGGAAGCGGUACGUCUGGCAGGGGCCCACCUCGGCGCCCAUGCUGUUUCCGGUGACGGAGGAGGACCCCAUCCUGGGCAGCUUCAGCCGGUGCCUCCGCUCGGACGUGCUGAGCGUGUGGAGGAGGAGCCAGAGGCAGGGCCGGCGCGAACUCUGGCUCUUCUGGUGGGGCGACGACCCCAACUUCUCUGAGCUCAUCCACAAUGAGCUGACCGCUGAGGAUGACGGCGUUUGGGAGAGUGGCCUGUCGUACGAGUGCCGCACGCUCCUGUUCAAAGCCAUCCACAACCUGCUGGAGCGCUGCCUGAUGAACCGCAGCUUUGUGCGCCUCGGCAAGUGGUUCGUCAAGCCCUACGAGAAGGACGAGAAGCCCAUCAACAAGAGUGAGCACCUCUCGUGUGCCUUCAGCUUCUUCCUGCACGGCGACAGCAACGUGUGCACCAGUGUGGAGAUCAACCAGCACCAGCCCGUCUACCACCUCAGCGAGGAGCACCUCACCCUGGCCCAGCAGGCCAGCACCCCCUUCCAAGUGAUUCUCAGUCCAUUUGGACUGAAUGGGACGCUGACGGGACAGUCCUUCAAGCUCUCGGACCCGCCCACCCAGAAGCUCAUCGAGGAAUGGAACCAGUUCUAUCCCAUCAGCCCCAGCGCCAAGGAGAACGCCGAAGACAAGACGGAGGACGCAGACUGGGAGGACGACUCCCUGGCUGCGGUCGAGGUCCUCGUCGGUGGUGUUCGGAUGGUGUACCCUGCGUGUUUGGUGCUGGUGCCCCAGUCGGACAUCCCCAUCGUGGUCCCGGUGGGGGCCUCCCAUGGCUCGGCCGUUUAUUCGGGUGGCCACCAAGUGCCUGUGUCCCAGCGUGACCCUGCCAUCUCGUCGGUCACCCUCACCCCGCCCACAUCACCUGAGGAGGCUCAGACAGUGGACUCUCAGUCGGCUCAGAAGUGGAUGAAGCUGUCUUCUGUGAUGGACGGCUUCAGCACGGACACCACCAGUCACCACGGCGGCAAGAUCCCUCGACGCAUGGCCGGCCAAGUGGUGGAGCGCGUCUGGCAGGAGUGCAACCUCAACCGCACGCAGAACAAACGGAAAUUCUCAGUGACGACCAACGGUACCAGCGAGGCGGACGUCCCGGAGAAGGUCGGCGCGUGGGACUUUGUGGAGGCCACGCACAGGUCCACCUGCCUAUGUUCCAGACAUAAAAAUCUGAAGCAGCGAGCAGGCGUUCCCCCCGGGCAGCCACCCAGUGCAGGCCAGGCCCCCCAGCCGCCCACCAAGCACAAGACGGGCGAGAAGCCUGAGAAGGCGGAGAAGCAGCAGAAGCGCCCGCAGACGCCCUUUCACCACCGCAACUCCACCUGCGACGACGUGGCCCUGGAGCCGGACGCCUCGGGUCAGCGCCUGGCCCUCCGGGGCUCCGAUGGCAGCACUAGCGCCGCCGCGGCGGCCGCCCGCUUCCCCGGUCUGCGGGCUGCCGAGGUGGGCUCCGUGUCCUCCAAGCCCCCCCAGCUGCACGGAGGAGCCACCGGAGGUGGCGGCGGCUCCGUGUCCUCGGGCCCCGGGGGCCCCUCGGAGAUGGGCGGCUCGCCCCAGCCGCCCCCGCUGAGCCCGCACCCGUGCGGCGACCGCAGCGAGGAGGCGUCGUCCGACGCCCUUAAGAACCCCUCCACGCCGCACAGCCAGCACUUCUACCCGGCGCCCCCGUCCUCCGAGCCCUGCUUGCUGCCGCAGCAGAAGGGCGCCUCCGGUGGUGGAGGCGGCGGCGGCGGCGACGAGCCUCGACUGGAGCCGCCCUUCCACUCGGCCGCGGCGGCCGCCUACCCCGAGCCCCUGGGGCCCACCGUCUACGUGGGCGCCGCCGUCAGCAUGGAGGAGGAGGUCGGAGGAGGGUCCGGCGGAGGAGGGAGCCACGCGCCGUGGCGCUUCUUUAACCUGCCGCGGAGGAAAAACGCCGAGUUCCCCACGCCGGCGCUGCCCGGCGACAAGCUGCGUGAGGAGGCCGCGCUGGGCCAGGACGGCAUCGUGUCCGUCACUGAGUUGAUGGCCACGUCCAAGAGGCCUCUGAAGGUGUCGGAAGAGCGCGUGCAGAUGUACGUCCAGCAGCGGAACAAGUACCUGUCGUCAGCCACCAUCUCCGACGGCGACCUCGAGCCCGAAGUGGACCCGUACGCCUUCGAGGACGGCGACGUCAAGUUCUUCUUCUCCAACGAGCGCAAGGACAAGUCAGGGAGAGAACGCGAGCCGGGGAAAAAGCACAAGGGGGAAGAUGGUGGAUCUGGAUCUUCAGACGACCCUCAGCGUACAACACCCCUCAGUCGCACCGCCCCAGCCAGCCUGAUCCACGAUAAAGACCUGGCCGUCUCCAUGAACGACCUGGACAACCUCUUCAAUUCGGACGAGGAUGAGCUCACGCCCGGUGCCAGGCGAGGCGUCAACGGGACCGACGACAAGUUCGGCGCCAAGGAGCCCAAGCCGGCCACGCUGGACCCUGUGUCCUGCAUCAGCUCUGCCGACCUGCACCAGAUGUUCCCCACGCCACCUUCUCUGGAGCAGCACAUCAUGGGCUACUCCCCCAUGAACAUGGGCAGCAAGGACUACGGCAGCAACGACCCCGGGACCGGCAUGACCUCGCUGGACGGGGCCGCCAUGCUCGGGGGCCAGUUCAAGAUGGAGGUGGAGGAGAGCUUCUGCAGCCCCAAGCCCUCGGAGAUCAAGGGUCCUCUGACCUGGCAGCAGUUCCACAAGAUGGCUGGACGAGGCUCGUAUGGCACGGAUGAGUCUCCAGAGCCCUUGCCCAUCCCCACGUUCCUGGGUGGGUACGAGUAUGACUUUGUGGUGCUGUCCCCCUUCGGCCUCCCUUACUGGGAGAAGCUGCUGCUGGACCCCUUCGGCUCGCAGCGAGACGGCUACCUGGUGGUGUGUCCAGACACCGACGCCCUACUCAGCGGAGCCAAGAGCUUCUUCAAGGAGCUCACAUCCGUCUAUGAGUCCUGUCGUCUCGGCCAGCACCGGCCCAUCUCCAAGCUCCACGCAGACGGCAUCGUCAGAGUGGGAGGGGCUGCCGCUAAGAAGCUCUCAGACCAACCUGUCAGCGAUUGGUUCUUGAAAGCAGCCAGUGGCAACAACGACUCCUUCGCUAAGCUCAAGCUCUUCGCUCAAGUCUGCAGGCACGACCUCGCUCCAUACCUCUCUGCUCAGCAAUUGGAUGCCUCCCUCCUCUCCCAGCCAAACCCCGCCCCCGCCGCCUCCAGCCAAUCCUCAACCGCACAGUCCUCAGGCUCCACCGGCUCCCAGGGCACGACGGCGUCUGCGUCCGCGGGCGCCGUCUCCAGCAACGGUGCCCCCGGGAACAACGGCAGUGCCAACGCCGCAGGCCUGGCGUCGGGCACCGCCGGGGGUACCCCUGCCUCGUCCAACACCUCGUCGUCGUCGUCGUCGUCGUCCUCGGGCCCCCAGGGCGCCGGUGCCAUGCAGUCUGCCAAAUCCAGCUCCUUCGCGCCCUUCGGGAGCAUGGGCGCACAGGCGGGCUCCAUGAACCAGCAGACGGGCGGCCAGAACGCCGGACUCCCCGGAGACGGCACGGCCGGCGUGAACCAGACGCCAGCGCCCACGGAGCCCCCCGAGAGUACCAUGGAGAAGGAGAAGGUGGGUGUGCCUACGGACGGCGACUCCCACGCCAUCACGUACCCGCCAGCCAUCGUCAUCUACAUCGUCGACCCGUUCUCGUACGAGGACGCGGACGGCACGUCGGCCCACUCAAGCGUGUGGACCCUCGGCCUGCUACGCUGCUACCUGGAACUGGUGCAGCACCUGCCGCCCCACAUCCGCAACUCCAUCUCCGUGCAGAUCAUCCCAUGUCAGUACCUGCUGCAGCCUGUGCGGAGCGAGGAGCGCCACAUCUAUGCCCAGCACCUCAAGUCCCUGGCCUUCUCAGUCUUCUCCCAGUGCCGGCGGCCGCUGCCCGCCUCCACCAACGUCAAGUCACUGACGGGCUUCGGCCCGGGCCUGGCCCUGGACACUGCCCUCAAGAGCCCAGAGAGGCCAGAGUGCUUGCGGCUGUACACGCCGCCGUUCAUCCUGGCGCCAGUGAAGGACAAACAGACGGAGCUGGGCGAGACGUUCGGUGAGGCCUCGCAGAAGUACAACGUGCUCUUCGUGGGCUACUGCCUGUCCCAUGACCAGCGCUGGCUGCUUGCCACUUGCACCGACCAGUUCGGAGAGCUGCUGGAGACGUGCAUCAUCAGCAUCGACGUGCCCAACAGGGCGAGGAGGAAAAAAGGCUCUGCCCGAAGAGUGGGCCUGCAAAAGCUGUGGGAUUGGUGCUUGGGUUUGGUGCAGAUGACAUCAGUGCCCUGGAGAGUCGUGAUUGGCCGCCUCGGGCGGAUAGGACACGGCGAGUUAAGAGACUGGAGUAUUCUGCUAAGCAGAAGGAAUCUGCAGUCUCUAAGCCGCCGGCUGAAGGACAUGUGCAGGAUGUGUGGCAUCUCUGCCGCCGACACACCCAGCAUCCUCAGCGCCUGCCUCGUUGCCUUGGAGCCCCAGGGCUCUUUUGUCAUCAUGCCAGACUCGGUGUCAACGGGUUCGGUGUUUGGCCGCAGCACCACCCUGAACAUGCAGACGUCCCAGCUGAGCACCCCUCAGGACACGUCCUGCACGCACAUCCUGGUGUUCCCCUCUGCCUUCGUCCAGGUGGCCACCUCCAACUACACCACUGAGAACAUCGACAUUGCCUUCAACCCCAUCAACGAUGGAUCAGACGCAAUAGGUGGCAUCUUUGACCUCCUGGAGCAGGAGAAUGAAAUGGUGGACCCCGACAUCAUCAACAUCCUCCCAGCCUCCCCCACCACCUCGCCGGUGCACUCGCCAGGAUCUCAUUACCACCACGGAGGAGACGGCAGCAAGGGCCAGAGCACCGAUCGCAUGGAGUCUCAUGAGGAGACCCCCAACAUCCUCCAGCAGCCCCUGGCUCUCGGCUACUUCGUGUCCACGGCUAAAGCGGGCCCACUGCCCGACUGGUUUUGGUCGGCCUGCCCGCAAGCCCAGAACCAGUGCCCUCUCUUUCUCAAGGCCUCUCUACAUAUUCAUGUAUCCUCAGUGCAGUCAGACGAGCUGCUCCACAGCAAACACUCUCACCCUCUCGACUCCAAUCAGACCUCAGACGUACUCAGAUUUGUGCUGGAGCAGUACAAUGCCCUGUCCUGGCUGACCUGUGACCCUGCCACACAGGACCGCCGCUCCUGUCUGCCUAUCCACUUUGUGGUGCUCAACCAGAUGUACAACUUCAUCAUGAACUUGUUGUGAAGCGUUACAAAGGCUGUGAAACAGCCGAGCAGGAUUGUUUUUUUUUUUUUUGUUUGUUUUGUUUUUUUUAACCAGUUGGGAACCAUCAGUGGAGGGGGGUGGGAGGGUAUGGAGAUGCACCCUGAAGAGGAGAUGUAGCGUGUGCAGGUGCAGAUGUGCUCUGGAUUUUUCUAUAAUCGAAGAUGAUGGCUCAGGAGAUGUGAACAAGAACGAGGGUUCCUGUUUGCUGGCUGUGACCCAGGAUUAUGCCUGCGGAGCAGCCUCCCCCUUUUGAUGUCAAGGACACUCUUAUGUAAAGAAAAAAACAAAAUGCUCUCAGCAAGAGGGAAAGAAGGAGUCAGCGGGAAAACGGAAAGAUGUGGUUUUGGGAGUAAAGAAGCUCGGCCACAAGACACGAGAUGAAGAACAACAGUGUGAUUUUCUGCCGUUGGUGUGUUCAUCAUUGUAAUCUGACCUGUUUUUAAAGACUCCCUGCAAUGAAUGGAAAUGAAAUUGAUUGUUGGUGAUGGUGAUGCUAGCAACACUGAGCAUAUUCAUCACGGCUACCCGCAGGUGCUUUGACAUCAGAAUCAGCCGGUUCGUGUCGGAAAUGUGUCUGUAAAUUAUUGGAAGCAAAGGGACAUUUCAAUCUAAAAGGAAACCAUGGGUUUUCAACUCCCUGAAGUUCCCUGUUUGAAUACCUGCAUUGUUCUUAUUUAUUGUUUCUAAAUGUAUAAUUUGUUUUAUUUCUUAACUUCUUUUAUAUAUGAAAUGUUCUAGAAGGUUUAUAUUGCCUUCCUGCUUUAAAGCAAUUGGUCUAAAAUGCGUUAUUGUCUUAAUUAAAAAAAAUUACAAACACACAAAAACAACAAAAAAUAUAAUGAAGUUCCAGUAGGUUGCUUUUAGAAUAUUAUUUUUUGUAAGGGAGACAGAAUAUUUGUAUUGUCACAUUGUACAGAAGAAAUAGGUUGGGGUUGGGUGGGGAAAAUACGUCCAUGCCUCGGUGUGAGAGCUGGGGGGUGUGGGGCAAGGAGGCUGAAUUGCAGCUAAGCUGUUGCUGAGGAGGGCAUGUACAGCAAUGAUUUCACUGUGUUAAAAAUAAAGAGGUACAUUGUCGUAUAUAGUAUUUUAUACAACACAUUUAGACCCAGAAAAAAUGGCAAUAUAUAAAUAAUUAUAUUUGAAUUUCGUGCCAGACAUGGGUGGUGCGGCUUCUGUUUUAGGAAUAAAGUGCGUCAACUCGA